AAUGUAGGGAUUUUUGUGUGAAAAUAUAAUAUCUACAUUAUAUGCUUCUUUUACUGUUACCAAGAAUUGAACAAACAGGAAGUAGAUUCUCUAAAUAUACUCUGAGGACUAUAAGGGAGCUGUUGCUCAGACUCGUUUUCCGACACAACAACCGAAACAAUGAACGGUCACAGCUGACAGUAGCAGUCUAAUAGCUGAUGUCUCUUCACUGUGAUUCACACAAAACACUUAAAUGCUGGGAUUUGUGCAGCAUUUAUUUGCUAAUAGACCAGAAAGGCAGAAGAAUCUCUGGGUUGCCAACUGCAAUGGAGUAAAAAUAGAUUUAUGGUCUGGCGCUAACACAGCUGAAAUUUCACUCAAAUACUUGACAUGCUGCAACAAGUUGAGAGCUACUAUUAGCAACGACCAGCUCCACCUGCUGCAGCUUACUGUACGAGAUGUUUUUGUAAAUACUUCCAGAUGUUGUGCAAGCUGUAAAAUCUCCAGUGGCAUAGUUUGACCCUGCCAGUUUCAACUGGUCAACAAUCUUACGGUAAUCAAACCUUACAUUGUUUUCCUUUCAAACCAAAAGGAGGCCUCCACCCUCCACCCUGCGUCUGAGUCAGACUUGGUUCCACCUUAAAAACCUGCAAGAAACCAGAUUGUGUUCCUUGUGAGGUGCCUCCCCCUUCACUGAAUGGGAAACUGUGUCAGUGGAACAGCUCCUGCUCUCUGGGCCUUGACUGUGCCGCUCAGCUGACUGGCAGGUGAGGCAGCAAGUCAUGGACAAAGCUGCUCGCUCAGCAGCCAAUGGAAGCGUGGCAGGGCAAGGGAGGACCGUCGUACCGUUGCUAGGGCAACCACCUUUGAAUGAGUGUGUUCAUGGAAUGCAGCCAGACAGUAGUUAUAUAACAGGCUGAAGGGCGGGGGGAGAGGCUGAGGCUCUGGAGGGGGAGCGAUAAAGGGAGCAAUGGAGAAAGGGAUUUUUUUCCAUUGCCCUUUAUUUAUUUAUAUCCCUGAGUUGCGUUUCAUUGACCAGCAGGAAUUCUAGCCAAGCGAGACGUUCAAAUAUGUCACAAGCCCUGCACAGACGGUCUUUGACGAGGCAUGAUGUCGACAGAUUUUUUCCCCCCGUCAUGAUUUUCAGGCUCAAAUAGAGGUCAUUCCCUGCAAAAUCUGUGGGGACAAAUCAUCAGGGAUUCACUAUGGUGUCAUCACCUGUGAAGGCUGCAAGGGUUUCUUCCGACGUAGCCAGCAGAACAAUGCUAUGUACUCCUGCUCACGUCAGAGAAACUGUCUCGUUGACCGGACCAACCGUAACCGCUGUCAGCACUGCAGGUUGCAGAAGUGUCUUGCUCUGGGCAUGAGCCGUGAUGCUGUGAAGUUUGGUCGAAUGUCCAAAAAACAGCGUGACAGCCUGUAUGCAGAGGUCCAGAAGCACCAGCAGUCCCAGGAGUGUGCGGGCCUCGGCCCCCGCGAGGACAAUGGCGACAUGGCCGACCUCACCUGCCCCUACAAACGAGGCUCAAGCACUGCACUCAGUGAUCUGGACGACAUCACCACGCUGCAAGGAGACCUACUUUUCGACCUCCCACUGACCCCGAGGGACGGAGGUGGUGACUACUGUAACCUGGACAUGCUGGGUGGCAGCGCAGGCAGCAGUUCAUCCUCUCAGAGUUCACCAGAACAGACCAACUUUGACUUUGUAGACGGCAACCUCGGCAUCAAGCAUGAGUACCAGCUGUUGCACGACUCUGGACUCUUCUCACAUGCUAUCCUCAACCCGCUGCCGGGGGGCUGCUCCCUGCUUGAAAUUGAGCGUAUAACUCAGAGUGUGGUCAAGUCCCAUAUCGAGACAAGCCAGUACAGCACAGAGGAGCUGAAGAGAAUGGCGUGGACCUUGUAUAACCCAGAAGAGACACGCUCAUAUCAGACCAAGUCAGCUGAGGUGAUGUGGCAACAAUGUGCCAUUCACAUCACCAACGCAAUCCAGUACGUCGUGGAGUUUGCCAAGCGCAUCUCUGGCUUCAUGGACCUGUGUCAGAACGAUCAGAUUAUCCUCCUCAAAGCAGGCUGCAUGGAUGUUCUUCUGAUCCGCAUGUGUCGGGCCUACAACCCCAUCAAUAACACAUUGCUCUUCGAUGGAAAGUUUGCUACCCCUCAGUUUUUCAAAGCUCUCGGCUGUGAUGACCUCGUGAACGCAGUGUUUGACUUUGCCAAAAGCCUGAGCCGCAUACAGAUGUCCGAGGAGGACAUGGCUCUUUUCAGUGCUGCUGUGCUGCUCUCACCAGACCGACCCUGGCUCACAGAUGUCCAGAAGAUACAGAAGUUGCAGGACAAAGUCUACGUGGCUCUGCAGCGCUGUCUACAAAAAGAGGGGGCAUCAGAAGAGAAACUAGCGAAGAUGGUGUCCAGGCUCCCCAUAAUGAAGUCAAUUUGCAACCUCCACAUCGACAAACUGCAGUUUUUCCGCCUGGUGCACCCGGAGACAGCAUACACGUUUCCUCCUCUGUACAGGGAGGUGUUUGGCAGUGAAAUCACCUUCCCAGACUCCACGGAGGGUUAGAGCUGUUCAGCUUUGUAGCUUGAUUCAAAUAUAAACACUGAGGUUUAGGGAGAGGGGAGAUUAAAAAAAAUGUGGCAACCAGCUGAGGCAAAAUCUAACCAGCAGCUCAAUGACAAUCCUGCACGCUACACUUGAGGACACGCUCCUCUCACCUCUUAACUCCCGACCUUGUGGAGUAGCUUACACUGCCCGGCAAGCCAGUCCCUUCAGUUUCGACGCACAACUACAGGAACGGCUGCUGGCCACUCAGUGCAUGUUACCUCUUUUUUUUUUUAGGGAGUUAAAGGAAAUGAUUAAAUAGUAGCCUAUAAUUUGUAUUCUCAAAACUAUUUUUCUAUGAGGAGACCUUAAACCUCUCGUCGAGUUUAAUUUCUUUGUAAUAUAAAUUUGACUUCUAUCGUUCUCACAGUUCUAGUAAGCUAUUUUUGAAUGUACCCCCUUUCCCCUUUACCGCUCAGCACAGCCCUAGGCUUGAUGUAGAAUGUACAUACUUAAAAUCCUCACCCUCUUUGUGGAGGUUUUGCAGUAACAAUGCUUGUUUCAGUUGUCAGUCUCGUAACAGUUUAUUACUUCAUUCAAUAUUCUUUCGGUAGUGCCCAUAUUUUUGCAGUUUUGUAACGUCUGAACAAACUGUUUAAAGGGACCAUGAUCAAACUCACAAGCGGAUAGGUUUUUAAACUGGGUGAAUCGCGGGCAAACCUCCAGAGUCUGCCGCCAUGCACCUACAAACGCUUGCACACAGAGCGCAAGACAGAGCACUUAUGCUGAUCUUUGUUGGUAUUUCUACGAGCACACCCUUCAGACACUGAUGUGAGCUCUUUAUUUUUUUAAUGCAAUCAGUGACCUCAGUCCUUAAACCUUUUCCCUUUGCAAAUGCCACUUAGAGAGCGAGAGAAAAGCAGAGGUAUUGUGAAAGUAUUUUCCGAUGUUCCUGUUUUUAUAUAUAUAUAUAUAUAUAUAUAUAUAUAUAAACACUAAUAUAAUCAUGUAAGGUAAGAGCAGGGGGGAUUUCACACAGAGCGAAGAGGAGGAGGAUAAUGUGCUUGUGCUCAGGUCUCUCAAACAGAUACUGCCUGCCCGUACGUUGGGGUUCUGGGGAUGAAUAAUUGUUGUCACUGAGAAGAAAAUCUAGUAUUCUGGAUAAUUAAAAGCACUUAUGAGUCCAUGGUAGAAUCCUGAAUGGAUUCUUCAGGUUCAAAGCUGUUCAAACAAGGUGCUGGGCAGCCAACCACUGCGGGGCUGUGAGCAUCUGGAGUUGUCGCAGCUCAGGCCCCCUCCGCAGAGGCCAAAAUACCUCUCAACACCAGCAGGGUAAAAGAAAGACUGUGGGAGUGAUGGGGGGAGAAAAGGGUUGGCUGUUGAAAUGUGGCGGUUUUAUUCACCUACACGGUUGAAAGAGGGGCAAAGAAUAGAGAGUGGGCAGUUGGGUGUUAUUUUAAGCUCCUUGGAUGAGAGUUAGAGGGGAUUUACUGUCUGUCUCACUCUCAACUCUCACUGCUGCUGGGUCGGGCAGAUUGUGCUGCUGCAGGCGGCCGAGAUGUUCUGAUUGGAGAAAUAAAUCCUCUAUUCCUUAUUCCCCACUCCCUCACUACCUCACCCUCUUCAAACACUACACAGCACAGGAAAGGGUUGACAGAGCCAUCAGCUACCCCCCUGAGUUAGUAUCUCUGCAUUCGUACUAGAGCGCUUCUUUAAAAAUGAACAAUUAGUGGUGAAUUUUGAAGGCCAGUGAAGACUAAAUGAUCCUAAAAUACUUCAUUUUGCUUUUGAAAACUGGACAGAAGACAAAAUCAGACUAAAGCACUGGAUCUAUUUACACCGCCAACACUGAGUGGUUUUCUUUCAUGUGAGAGGAGUUCAAAUCUUUAUAUCCAGGAAACGCGUAGAUACAGGAGUGAAAUCUCUGGAGAUGCAUGAGGGUGUGUACAGAAGAAACGUUUGGGGGAUACAUUAUGUUUCUGUAAAACUACGUUGUACUGCCAGUAUACUAAAGACACUCUGAAAAAAGAUUAGAUUUAAUCUGAGAAAACACUGCUGUUAAUCUGCUUUUAAGACAAUCACCAUGACCGAUGUUGGAAGUCUAGCUUUAUUUAAUAUUUCUGCCAGGUUAUCUUUGACAGUGCUUUUCACCACACAUCAAGUUAUCUCACACAGCAUGAAGGGGUAUUCACCUUUGUUUUUUUUUUCUGGGUACAUAAGGCAGUGGCAUGGUGGGAUUGUGCAAUAAUCUCUUUCCCAUUGUUCUAAGUGUGAUGGGGCGUUGUUUCUAUGUAUGACAGUUAAUAUUUUCACAAGCACUCCAGCACAGUCAACCUCGCAUCAUUUAGAGUAUAACGUACCAAAUACACAGCCAGCUUCUUCGCAGGUCUACAUGACACUUAACAGUGUGACAAAGUGCAAUACUUUGUGUGUUACGUCAGAGAAUGUUAGAAAUGCUGAUUUCUAAAGACUCCGUGUACUUGAUAGUUUUUUUUUUUAUCUGCAGGCCUAAGAUCUGUCCAGGGGGCAGUAAUGAAGAUCUACAAUACAUUUCCGUUUUAGAUUUACUCAGGGAGAUAGCUGGGCUCUCUGUCCUACAGUGUCUGCUGUUCGUCUAGCUAUAGCAAGACACCUCGCACCAACAUAGAAGACCUUAAAACCUUGAUCACUGUGUACAGUACCUGUUCUUGUGAAUGUUUGCUUACAGAAGUAUCAAAGAUUUUACCCCUGUCUGAUAUCGUUAUAUUUUUUUUUUGAGUUUUUUGAGUCAAUAGGAUAAUAAGAAAAGUAAAUAUAAAAGAUGGAUUAUAAUCUCUGAAUUUUGUGUUGGUUUUGUUGUGAUCUUUUUUGUUUCUUAAUUGUAUCCUUGUAUGUACUGCUUGUUUUGUUUUAUUUUUGUUCCUCAUCAUUUUAGUGUCCUUGUCUUGGAGAGAUGUAAUUCUAUUUUUUUUAAAGAGCGUUUUUAAAGAUGUCUCUCUAAAAGUUUUUCUUUUGACAUGAUCCUUCUGUUUAUGUUUUCACUCUAUGUUAAGAUUAUUAUUAUUAAAUCAAUAUAGAUUUUAAUAAGAAAUAAUUUAUAUGUCAUGGAUAUAAAGCCCAAGAGGUUUUAACACAGUUGCGUGUUAUUGCACAAUGGUGAUACAAUAUGUGGAUUUAAGAAUGUAAUAAAAGUCUUUUUACAUUUAAAAGUAAAAAAA